CUGAACAGCAAGUGAACUGUGAUCUAUAAUGCUUCUUAUUUCUAAUAAUCUAAAGAUGAACUUGAUCAAUUUGAUAAUAUUGUCUAAAGUUUCAGCAUUGGUUGCCCAGAUGGCCCCGUGCCAGCCUCAGGAAUUCCUCUUUGUUCCUGUUGGAGGGAAAGCCAAAAUCUCUUGUGUUUCUAAUGGAACAUUAGAUAAAUUGUUUAGAAUUUCCUGGUACCGAAGAACAUGGAGAGUCGGAGAAAACCCUGAGCUCAUUCUAGAUUGGGGAGAAGUGACCAAAGGACAUAAAUAUAAUUGUACUCACACAGAGAGGAGCAGCAGCCUGGAAAUAAACAAUGUGAAGGAGGAGGAUUCCGGGACCUACUAUUGUACUUACUAUACUUUUACGUCACUGAUCUUCUCUAAUGGGACAACUCUCAUUGCCGGAGACAGCUUCACUGCAAAAAGUUCCGUCCAGCUGAUGGUCCCUCCUUCUUCUCCUCUUCCAAAUACCUCAGUCCAACUGGCCUGUGUGGCUUCAGCUGUUGGGUAUAUGGUUCAUAUUUCUUGGAACCUGUCAGGGACCCCUCAGAAGGGCAGGGUCGUUGCUAUGGAAGAACCUGGUGGCACAUUGACUUUCCUCAGUUAUAUCACAGUUCCCAGAGACACCUGGUACCAGGGCGCGAGUUUGUCUUGUCAAGUGAGGUUUAAUUCCUCCUCCGCCACUGCUGUCCAUGGUCAGGCUACAACACAAGUGCCCACUAGGUGGAGUUACUUCGCUAAAAUCCUAGUUCCCAGUUACUUUCAUAGCAAAGAGGUUCAGGGCCACUAG